GGCUCCGGCCCUGCGCGCCAUGGAGAAGACGGAGCUGAUCCAGAAGGCCAAGCUGGCCGAGCAGGCCGAGCGCUACGACGACAUGGCCACUUGCAUGAAGGCGGUGACCGAGCAGGGCGCCGAGCUGUCCAACGAGGAGCGCAACCUGCUGUCGGUGGCCUACAAGAACGUGGUCGGGGGCCGCAGGUCCGCCUGGAGGGUCAUCUCGAGCAUCGAGCAGAAGACCGACACCUCCGACAAGAAGUUGCAGCUGAUUAAGGACUAUCGGGAGAAAGUGGAGUCCGAGCUGAGAUCCAUCUGCACCACGGUCCUGGAAUUGUUGGAUAAGUAUUUAAUAGCCAAUGCAACUAAUCCAGAGAGUAAGGUCUUCUAUCUGAAAAUGAAGGGAGAUUACUUCCGGUACCUUGCUGAAGUUGCAUGUGGUGAUGAUCGAAAGCAAACGAUAGAUAAUUCCCAAGGAGCUUACCAAGAGGCAUUUGAUAUAAGCAAGAAAGAGAUGCAACCCACACACCCAAUACGCCUGGGGCUGGCUCUUAACUUUUCUGUAUUUUACUAUGAGAUCCUUAAUAACCCAGAGCUUGCCUGCACAUUGGCGAAAACGGCUUUUGAUGAGGCCAUUGCAGAACUUGAUACACUGAAUGAAGACUCAUACAAAGACAGCACCCUCAUCAUGCAGUUGCUUAGAGACAACUUAACAUUAUGGACAUCAGACAGUGCAGGAGAAGAAUGUGAUGCAGCAGAAGGGGCCGAAAACUAAAUGCAUACAGGGUGUCAUCUUUCUUUCCUUCAAGAAACCUUUUUACACAUCUCCAUUCCUUACUCCAGUUGGAUUUCCUAUAGCAAAGAAACCCACUCAUGUGUAUGGAAUCAACUGUUUAUAGUCUUUUUCACACUGCAGCUUUGGGAAAACUCCAUUCCUUGAUUUGUUUGUCUUGGCCUUCCUGGUGUGCAGUUACUGCUGUAGAAAAGUAUUAAUAGCAUCAUUUCAUAUAAACAAGUAACUUCCAAACACUUAUGUAGAGGACUAAAAAUUACCUGGUAUUUAAGUAAUCUGAACCAGUUCUGCAAGUGACUGUGUUUUGUAUUACUGUGAAGAUAUGAAAAUGUAGUUAAUUACAAUUUAAAGAGUGUUCUGCAUAACUCCUUAAUUUCUACAUUCCCUCUUUCUCUCUUCUUUGGGGGUUUCCUUUCAGUAAGCAACUUUUCCAUGCUCUUGAUGUAUUCCUUUUCAGUAGGAAUCCAGAAGUAUUAGAUUGAAUGGAAAAGCACUUGACAUUUCUGGGCUGGGGGUCACAAAU